AGUUAUGACCGCGCCAGAGAUGAGUCUGUACCCGUCCCGAGUGGACCCGAGCGGCUGGCUUCCCAUGCUUCCUCUCCAGCCUCCCUAGCUCUCAGUCUCACUGCCGAUCCCUAGCUUUCGUAUUGGCAUUUGCCGCCUUCUCAGAGUCGAUCUCACUUCUCGAGGGGGAGCUUCCAGAGCUGGAGCCGUGGAGCUGAAGGUUUGGAGCUCGGAUCCUGCUCCAUCGAGCACGAUGUCGUUUCCGGAGCUGAAGGAGCGGCACGCGGCCGCGACGGCGACGGUUAACUCUUUGCGGGAGCGGCUCAAGCAGAGGCGGCAGCAGCUGCUUGACACGGACGUGGCAAAUUAUACCAGGACCCAGGGGAGGACGGCGGUCAACUUUAGCUCAACGGAUCUGGUUUGCUGCAGGACACUUCAGGGACAUACUGGCAAGGUCUAUUCACUGGAUUGGACCUCUGAAAGGAAUCGGAUAGUCAGUGCCUCUCAAGAUGGGAGGCUAAUUGUAUGGAAUGCUUUGACAAGCCAGAAAACUCAUGCCAUUAAGCUUCCUUGUGCAUGGGUCAUGACAUGUGCCUUUGCUCCAAAUGGACAUUCUAUCUCAUGUGGCGGUCUUGACAGUGCAUGUUCCAUUUUCAAUCUUAAUUCUCAAGUCGACCGUGAUGGGAAUAUACCAGUUUCACGGGUUCUCAUGGGACAUAAAGGCUAUGUGUCUUCAUGUCAAUAUGUUCCUGAUCGAGAAAGUCAUUUGGUUACCAGCUCAGGAGAUCAGACAUGCGUAUUAUGGGAUGUUACCACUGGACAAAGGAUUUCUAUAUUUGGUGGAGAAUUUCCUUCAGGUCAUACAUCUGAUGUAUUGAGUGUAUCUGUCAGCAGCUCAAAUUCAAAUAUGUUCGUCUCUGGUUCUUGUGAUGCAACUGCUCGAUUAUGGGAUGCUAGAAUUGCUAGUCGAGCAAUUCGAACUUAUAAUGGUCACCAAGGUGAUGUUAACACUGUCAAAUUCUUCCCUGAUGGUCAGAGAUUUGGUUCUGGAUCAGAUGAUGGCAAGUGCAGGCUAUUUGACAUGAGAACUGGGCACCUGCUUCAAGUAUAUGCCCAACAACAUAACAAUAAUGAACCAGAUUGUCCCUUUGUCACAUCCAUAGCAUUCUCUAUAUCUGGAAGACUGCUUUUCGCUGGGUACUCAAAUGGUGACUGCUUUGUGUGGGAUACCCUCUUAGCUGAGGUAGUUGUUAAUCUUGGUAAGCUACAGAGUUCCCAUGAAGGUCGCAUAAGCUGCUUGGGUUUGUCAGAUGAUGGGAGUGCUCUAUGUACAGGAAGUUGGGACAAGAACCUAAAGAUUUGGGCUUUUGGAGGAUUGAGGAAAGUGAUCUGACGCUGCUUAAUUCGGACUCAAAUAUUGGAGAUUACAUUAAGGGUCAAGCCACACUCAAUUUUCAUGCAUUUUUCUAGCUGACAAAUGCUAGCUCUAGAAAUUUGUACUGCUAGUUCUUUCGAUAGCUUCCUAUGGGGCACUAGUUUUCUAUUAGUAUAUAUUUUUUUAAAUUUCCUUGUAAGGAACUUAUUAAUUAAUCCGUUUAAUUUUCUGAAUUGGAAUUUGGAGGUUGUUUUCCAUGGCAAA